ACCACCACCCUCAAAAACACAAUCGAAAUCAAAAUCAAAAUCUUCUCGAAUAGAUUCAUCUAGGCACCAAAUUUAAAUAUUAGAAGAAUAGAAAGAAGUGCAAAAUUUUAGAGAUUAAAGAAUAAUUUAAGGUUGUGCAGUGUACAAAUGAAACAAUAAUGUGAAGUAAGGAAGUGGAGUAGCGUAGAUUCCCGUGCUAAAGCGGUGGAAGACACACACACCCGCCAUCUUCCUUCACUUCCGCCUCCUCUUCCCUAGGGCUCCCCAUCUCCGUCUUCACAGCUUACAAUACAUUGCACUGACAUCAAUAGCAUUUACACCUCUCUCCCAUCUUAUUACUUUCAUUUUCAUUAAACCCAACGCAACAAUAUCCCCCUUUUGUUUAUAUCUAAAUCCAUGCUUAUUCCCUCAAUUAAUUACCCUUCCAACAAAAAGGAAAACAGAUAAAGAAAAGGAGCUUUUUGGAGUGGGAGAUCUCUGCAAAUUCUUUAAUGUUUCUCUGCUAAACAUGUCACGCUCUUCAUUCAUCUUCUUCAAUUCCCUUCUCCCAUUUUACUCUAGUUUCUUCCUAGUUUAACCAUUUUAACCCAAACCCACUUCUCCAUUUCUCUGGAUAUGGCGAAUUGGGGCGGAAUUGGGAAUCUUGCAAUCACACCACUUGAUCUUCAAAAAACAGAGCAACAACAUACUACUAAGGAUCAUGAAGAUGGGGAUGGAGUUAAAGCCAAGAGGCGGCCACGAGGGCGGCCACCAGGCUCCAAAAACAAGCCGAAGCCACCGAUUCUCAUCGCCAAAAACACUCCCAACACCCUUCAAACCCACGUUUUCGAAAUCGCCACCGCCACGGACAUUGCCCACUCCAUUUGCACCUUUGCCCACCGACGCCGCCGUGGGGUUUCCAUUCUCAGCGCCACCGGCCUCGUCGAUGACGUCACUCUCCGUCAACCCCCCGGCGUCAUCACCCUCCACCAACGCUUCGAGAUCUUGUCUCUCUCUGGCGCUUUCCUUCCCACGCCUUCCCCCCACGGAACUUCCGCAUUGACCGUCUAUCUCGCUGGCGGCCAAGGGCGUGUCGUCGGAGGCCUCGUCGCCGGCCCCCUAAUAGCUGCCGCCCCCGUCGUAGUAGUUGCAGCUUCAUUUACCAAUGCUAUGUAUGAAAAACUGCCGAUGGAAGAAGAUGAAGAGAAAACAGAGAAGGAUAAGCAAUUGGAAGAAAACAUUAACGGAAACAAUUCAAUGGGAGAAUCGUCAUCAUUGGCAGCAGCAAGUUCUUUGGGAGUUCAUAAUUUGACUCCUAAUACUCAAAUUUCACAAGAAAUGUUUUGGGCUCCUCCUCCAUCUUAUUAAAUCAAAUGGUAUAUAUUAUAUAAAAUAUUGGGCUUUCAUAUU